UUAUUGACAUGAUAGCUAAUAAGUUCUGAGUUUCACAGCCCAUUGAAUAGAAAUGUCAUAUUUUAGGUAUGUAUAAUAAAAGCCAACAAUUGUUAUUUUUCUUUUUUACUUUAUUUUUUUUUUAUGUGAACAAUGAAUAGAGCUACUGUAUGAUUUUUCAGGUUCUCAUAGGACUGAGAUUCCUAGCAAAGGGGGAUUUUCUGUCGGAAGUUUCAGACUUGCAUGGUGUAUCAAAAGCGUCAGGGGCAGUUAUUGUGGACGAGUUUAUUUCUAGUGUCAAUGCUAGAUUGAACAACAUCAGGUUUCCAACAGACAGAAAUGACAUCAUUCAGUUGAAGAGAACUUUUUAUCAAAAGUCUAGGAUCCCUAACGUGAUUGGAGCAGUAGAUUGGACAUUGAUUCCUAUUGAAGCCCCAAAAGAAAAUGAAGCUGCAUAUGUAUGCAGAAAAAAUUUCCAUGCACUUAAUGUGCAAGCUGUUUGUGACACAGAUAUGAGAUUUACAGACGUUGUGGCAAUGUGGCCAGGGUCACAGCAUGCCUCAGCAUUAUUUGAUGCAUGUGGUUUGAAGGAUUAUCUUGAAAGGACAGGUGCUGGGAUGCUGCUGGGAGAUAGUGGGUAUCCUUUAAGGAGGUACCUACUAACUCCGAAGUUGAAUCCCACUACACAACAAGAGGAGGAAUUCAACAAGUACCACAGUAGGGGCAGAAUGGUUAUUGAAAGGGCUUUCGGCUUGUUGAAGUCACGGUUUCGUUGCCUACACAGGACUGGUGGUGUACUUCAAUUCAAGCCAGGAAAGUGUGGCAAAGUUGUGCUGGCUUGCAUGAGGCUCCACAACUUAUGCGUUAAUCGAGGAGUGCCAGAACCUCAAGGUGUUAGACCAGAGGCAACAGAAAGCACCCCAUACAUCCUUGAUAACCCAGGAAGUGAAGAUGGGAAUUUAAGAGAUCAAAUUGUUAGAUUGUUUUAAAGUGUAUUGGUCUACAAUGUGCAAAUUGCCCAUGCUUUUUAAAGAUAUUUUACCCCAGACUUUGAUUUUAUUGCUCAAUGACAUCACUGUUUGGAGUUUGGAUGCGAGGAAUUAUAUCACGAGGGUGUAGCCUGGGUGAUAUAAUGAUGCACAUCUGGAUGACAAACUGUGUUUUAUCAAGCGAUAAAAUCACCAAUUUGGAUAUCUUAUUUCAAUUCUAACACAACAUCAACAAAUAAAUGUGCAGUUCCUGAGAUUAAGCAAAAUUGCCCCUGAUUUGUUUCCGUACUUCUUUUCAGAGUGUCGGAUUUUUAGCUCGACUAUACGAUGUAUCUUGAGAUCUGUCCUACUCGCCCUGGCGUGGGCGUCCAGAUUUCGGAUUAAAGUUUUGGUGCAGUAAAAUAUUUUUUACUAUAACCUUUUCAUUUCUUAAGGUAUUAACUUCAAAUAUAUGUUCCUUAUCAUCAACCACAUCUUAUGUGACAUGGUUCAUAACUUUAGCACCAAUAUUGUCAGUUUAAUCUCCCUUUGAACUUAGAAUUUUCCUUAAACAAUAUUAUUUUUUACUGUUAUUUCUUUAUUUUUUUACGGUAAUUAAAGGAUCAACUUCAUACUUCAAAUGUUUAUUCCUUAUCAUUAACCACAUAUAUGUGACAAGAUUUAUAACUCUAGCAGCAAUAUUGCAAGAAUUAUCUCCCCAUUAACAUAGAUUUUUACUUGAAAAAUGU